GGCCGAUUGGGCGACCAACACUCUCRUUCUCAAAACGAAGUGUGGACAGACGUAUCGCGUACCUUUCAUAGGUACCACUGCGACACCACGCCCCGAUCCUCCUCCCCCGGAGCCUUCCAUGCCCACACCAUCUCCUUCUAUCACUGUCACCUCGCCUCGGCAGUUCGCCCACUUCAUCCGACAGGACGACGUCACCUUCUUUAUGGUGAACGUGACGGAUCUCUUACACUAUGAUCCACCCUGUCCCGACGCCGAGCUCAUCCUUCUGGAGCCAGAUCCUCCUUCUAUCUCCAUGACUCCCAUCUCUACUUCCCACCCUCCGCCAUCCGUCGAGUCCACCCCGCCGUCGCGCUCUGACGCUGACGCUGAGGAACUUGCACGAUAUACGGCUGACCUGGAACCCGCAGUUCGUGACCUCAUUCGAGAGUACCACGACGUUUUCCCAUCGUCGUUCUCGUACGCUGGCAUCCCACCGAUGCGCGACGUUGAGCACUCCAUCCAGCUUGUGUCUGACUAUCGUGCUCACCACCAGGCACCCUACAGACUCUCGAUCCCCGAGGCCACUGAACUCAAGCGUCAGCUUGAGGAGCUCCUGAGACUGGGUUUCAUUAAACCCAACAACUCUCCGUGGGGUGCACCCGUCCUCUUUGCUCGCAAAGCGGAUGGAACUCUCUGUCUCUGCAUCGACUAUCGCGGUCUCAACCGCUACACGGUUAAGAACAGCUACCCCAUGCCUCGUUCUGACGAGUUGUUCGACCGCCUAGCAGGCAACCGCUUCUUUACGAAGAUUGAUCUUCGUAGCGGUUACCAUCAAAUCCGCGUCGCUACAGCGGACCAGCCGAUCACGCUUCGGCCACUACGAGUUUACGGUGAUGCCAUUCGGCGUCACCAACGCACCCGCUACCUUCCAGAGGGCGAUGAACGACAUCUUCAGGGACAUCCUGGAGCAGACACUGGUCCAGGUGUAAGGUUGGAUGCAUAUCGUCGGAUCUUUCGACCAUUUGGAGAGAGUUCUCAAAGCCCGCUGAAAAGCGAUGGCCAAAACAUGACGAAAAGCAAUGCGCUUGCGGGCUUAGGGUUGGGGCUUGCCAUUUGCAAGGGUGUCGUUACUCUGAUGGGUGGUCAGAUAGGUUUCAAAUCUCUGCAGGGAGUAGGAACUGUCAUGUAUUGUCUCAUCCCUUUGCGUAAUAUGUUGCCAAUGCCUAAUCCCUUGAAGUCAGAGGGGAAUAGCGAGCAGAAGGCUGAUGUUGCAGGUGGUCCAAAUUCCAUAGAACAGGGUAAGACAAAGGAUGACACUCUGCAGGGUGGUGCACCAGCAGUUGAACGUGCUGGACAAGGUGCCCCUACGGAACCUAUUAUGUCGACAGUACCUGCUCAAAACAAUGGCUCCGGCGACCCGCAGGGGUCUGGCACGACUUCAGAAGUUGAUGCAAGACAUUCGGACAGGAGGAGCAGCUUCAAACGGGCAUCGCUAUCACUCAAACCCACUGUUGAAGGGGAGAUGGGAAGUGCAGAUGCACAGGCGAACAUUCCUGCACCAUCGGGUAUGACCAUCGGAGCUAUCCUGGCCGUAAGCACUGAGAAGCUGCGAGGAGAGAGGUUCUUCCUCGUUGACACCAAUGUGGUCCGACAACAAAUUGUUGCAGGCCUUCUUCGAGGACUGGGUGUUCAUGCUGUCAUGGUGCAGCGGAUAGAAGACGCCAUUGAAAAGCUUGUUGAAGAGUCAAUGGCACAAAAAUCCAAGCCGGUUUCCCUUGAGGAUGUGCAGUUGUCCGAGUCACUGGCAACAGAUUCACAGUCUGGCAGAGGUGCUGGGAACUUACAGCGGGGUAUGGAAGUUAAGGAUGUUGUAACUAGGGAUACUGUGAUCGUGAUGGUAGAUGGUGAACUAGUAAGUGAGGCUGAAACUUCCUCCUUUGGAUCUCGAGGUUCCCCAAACUGGAAGGAGCUCAUGAUCUCUGACAUUGCAAACAGGCUUGGAUCAGAGGAGGCAACCACACUCACCCUUCAUCUGAUUGCACUCUGCAGGAGUAAGUCCCAGGACGAGAAAGCCCGAUCUUUAGGUUUUGACAAGGUCAUUGCGAAACCCUUGGUUUCCAAAACAAUAUUAAGCUGCUUUGCUGCAAUUGCAGACUCCAAGAAAGCAAAGGAAGUGCGAUCUUCCAUGGUGUCUUCCGGUCAAACAAUAUCAUUGCCGUCAUCAGGUGGCACUCCAGGGGCGGAGGCACCACCAGUGCCACUAGCAGCAGUGCGCCCAGACAUACCUCAGGCGGCCCAAGAACUCAAUGGAAAACUAAUCCUCGUGGUAUGUGUCGUCGGCCUGCCGCCUGAUUCCAUUCAUACUCAGGAGAAUUAUAGACAUGCUGACAUAAUCACUUUUCAUGAAGAGUGAAAGACAUCUUGAAAUAGCCACAAUACAUGUUGUGGUCAUGUUGAAAUAGCCACUCCUUUAUGAGGAAUGAAAGCCAUGUUGGGAA